AUGCGUCUCUCCUUGGUCCUAGGACUAUUAUCAGCCCUGUCAGCUGUCAAGGCUUCCGAGAGACGAUCAACAAACCAAACAGCAUCUAACGGAGCCUCUUCUGAAUAUGACUAUGUUGUUGUUGGAUCCGGCCCUGGUGGCGGUCCCCUUGCAGCAAGAUUAGCCAUUGCUGGGUACAAGGUCCUUCUUCUGGAUGCAGGAGAUGAUCAAGGAAACGCUACCAGGCAAAUGGUGCCUGCUUUGCAGCUCCAGUCAACAGAAUACGAACCCAUGAAGUGGGAUUACUUUGUCAAUCACUAUUCAAAUCUGACACGCCAGGAGGAAGAUUCCAAGAUGACUUACCGAACUCCUUCUGGGGAACUUCAUGUCGGUCCUAAUCCUCCAAGCGGAUCAGACCCCUUGGGAAUCUUGUACCCUCGAGCUGGCACUUUGGGUGGCUGCUCUGCUCAUAAUGCAAUGAUAACAAUUUAUCCGUACGAGAAUGACUGGGAGCAACUGGCAAGUCUCACUGGCAACGAUUCUUGGUCUGCAUCAAAUAUGCGACAAUAUUUCACCAGGCUUGAGCGUAAUCGAUAUCUCCCUAGCAGUCUGGUGGGACACGGAUUUGAUGGAUGGCUCACAACAAGUCUCACUGACUUGCGACUUGUGAUUGAAGAUCAGAAACUUCUUUCUCUUAUUCUUGCCGGCGCGACCGCUGCGGGCCAGUCUUUGCUGGGCAAGCUGAUCACCACAGUCACCGGUCUUGCGGGUGUCCUCCUUCGCGACCUGAACAACCCUUCCCCUACCCGGGAUUAUGACGAAGGUCCUUAUCAAGUUCCUUUGGCCGUUGACGUUCCCGAGUACAAGCGAACAGGUCCACGGGAGUUUUUGAUGACAACUGUCAACGCUGUGAAUGAUGAUGGCUCUCGCAAGUAUCAUCUUGACAUUCAAUUAAACACACUGGUGACCAACGUCCGAUUUGAUACUGAUGGUGCCAAGCCGCGAGCUGUCGGAGUUGAUUAUCUCCUUGGACAGAGUCUUUACCGUGCAGACCCUCGCGCUUCUCCGACUGGCUCCGAAGGUAAGCCUGGUAGCGUUGAUGCCAAGCGCGAAGUCAUUCUAUCCGCAGGCUCUUUCAACACCCCACAGUUGUUGAAGCUGAGUGGUAUUGGUCCUCGGGACGAACUAUCGAAAUUCGGUAUCAAGACACUUGUCGACCUUCCAGGCGUUGGCUCCAACAUGCAGGAUAGGUACGAGACUGGUGUUGUUGGAAAGUCGCCGACGGAUUUCGUUCUUACCUCCAAGUGCACCUUCAUGUAUACCAUGCCGGACCCUUGUCUGGAACAGUGGGAGAACGAUCCUCUAUUCAAAGGCACAUAUACCACCAACGGAAUCGCGAUCGCAAUUAUCCGCAAAUCGUCUGUUGCUGAUGAUGAACCUGAUCUUUUGAUAUCAGGAGCUCCUGUGAACUUCCCCGGCUAUUAUCCAAACUACUCUUACGAAGGUCUCAAAGACGCUCAACAUUGGACCUGGAUUACCUUGAAGGCCCGGAGCCGCAAUAAUGCUGGUACGGUCGAGCUAAGAUCGACUGAUCCUCGCGACAUGCCUAUCAUCAAUUUCAAUUCGUUUGAUUCUGGCGUAACCGCCAAUGACGCCGAUGAAAAGGACGUCCAGGCAGUCUAUGAGGCCAUGCAGUUUUCCCGCACAAUUUUCGAUGACUUGAUCCCUCUCGAUGGGAGCUUUGAUGAAGUCUGGCCCGGUGCCAAUGUCACCUCCGAGGCUGAUAUGAAGGAUUUCAUCCGGCAGGAGGCCUGGGGACACCAUGCCUGCUGCACUGCUGCUAUUGGUGAAGAUGGGGACCCCCAAGCCGUGCUUGAUGCGGAUUUCCGUGUUCGAGGAGUUGAUGGCCUGCGGGUCGUCGAUGCCUCCGUCUUUCCCAAAAUCCCAGGUUACUAUAUUGCUCUCCCAAUUUACAUGAUCAGUGAAAAAGCGGCCGAGGUGAUCAUCGCUGAUGCUGCGUAG